GCCGAAGUCUUUGGUUUCUCCGUAUCUGAUCCUUCGUUUUCUGUGAUAUCUCUGGUUAUUUGCUGUGAACUUGUAGUGUUAACGAAAGUCUAGGAUACUUAUCCGUGGAUAUUUGGAAGAUGAGCGCUCAGGCAUCAAGACACGUCGAGGAGGAUUUGGAUGACCUUGAUGACGUCCUCGACCAAUUCGACUCCUCCCACAAACCAUCCGCACCCACCCCAUCCUCCAAAUCCCGCUCCCCACCUGGUGCCAUCUCAACGCCCUCAGCAACUACCUUCUUCCCCUCGACCGGUGCACUUGACUCCACAAAAUCACCACAAAUCCCACCGGUACCGCCUCCCACGUCCACAUUCCCUUCCUCACCUCUCACAGGCGGUUCGGCUCCCUCAUCCUCUGGUAUUCCGGGAGCUGCGGGGUUAGAUGGAGGAUCAUCUGGGGGAGGAGGCAUCGAUGCCGCGUUCUCUGAUGCGUUCGCGUCGGAGUUUGCGAAGAACAUUGAGAGUAUGAUGAAGGAGUUCGAUGGGUCGUUUACGGGCGAGCAGGGACCAGACCAGGUGGGAGGUGUGGGUGGCGCUGGAGGCGAGGAAGAGAUUAGUGAGGAAGAGGAAAAGAGGAGGGAGGAGAUGUUCAAGAAGGCUUGGGACGAUAUGAUGAAGGAUGGGAUGGAAGAGGCCAUGGCGGGCUUGAAGCUUGAUCCUACGGCGGAGGGUUCUGCGACUGCUGCCGGUGCGAAUGGACAAGGGAAGGAGAGGCAGACAAGAUCGUUGCCGGAGGGUGCGGAUGUGGAGGAUGAGUUUUUGAAGAGCGUGAGGCAGGCGCAGGAGAAGUUGAAGGAGAGUGAGGCGAACUUGAGGGCGAGCGAGUCGAUGUCGAUGCCGGACGAUCUCGAGAAAUUGAUCGCUCAGUUGGGCAGCGGGGAGGCAGAUGAAGAGUUCUCGGGCAUCUUGGAGGGAAUGAUGGGUUCGCUCAUGAGCAAAGAUAUUCUCUAUGAGCCUUUGAAGGAACUCCACGACAAGUUCCCGCCAUACCUAUCUGAAAACAAGGACAAACUUAGCACAGAGGACAAUGAGCGAUUCGUUGCCCAGCAGGAAUGCAUAACGAAGAUCGUUGCGAUAUUCGAGGACGUGAAGUAUAGCGACGAAGAUGUGGAGAAGAAAACUGAGGUCAUGCAACUCAUGACUGAGAUGCAAAGCCACGGAUCUCCGCCUGCAGAGAUCAUGGGCGCCUUACCCCCCGGACUCGAUAUGGGCGCGGAUGGUAUGCCAGAGCUCCCGGACGGGUGUACCAUCGCAUGAGAUACCCUGUCGUCUGGUUCGAAUGGGGUGAUGUACGGAAGUCUACUGGCUAACUCUGUGUAAUUGUGCCGUUUAUCUAUGUAUACCUCCAUACUCUUGUUGUGAAGCGUUUUCGCGUUUAUUGUAUGGUGUUUUCAUUCAUCG